UUUUUAAUAAUCCUCAGGCAGGCCCUGAGGAUUAAAUUUGUAUAUAGUAAAAUAAUAAUUCUAAGUAUAAAUUUAAAUAAUAUAAAUUUUUAUGGAUAUUGAGCCGAGUACUUCAUUGGGGGCAGAUAAAGAUUUGGCAGCAUUGGCAGAUGGUUGGACAAAGAGCUUAAAGUUUAUUCCUGGAUUCUCAUACAAAAAUUUGGAAGACCAUUUAGUACUAGAAGCAAAAAAAACACCUGAUGGCAAACCUGCUGAGGCAUUUAAACACAAGAAAAGUGGUUACAAACUAUUUAAAGCUGGUUAUAUAAGGCACUUUAUGGUGAAACCUAAUAUAAAGAAAGGAGAUGAUAUCCAUUUUCUUGUGCGUUGCCAUGUAAAUGCAGAAAUGAAGAAAAAGCAGUACCUUGUUUAUGUCCACCUUCAUCAACAUUCAGGAGAUGUUGCCUAUGCAAAAUGCUGUUGCCCUGCUGGUGCUGGUGGCUGUUGCAAACAUGUGGCAGCUACAUUGUAUCAGCUUAUUGAUUACAUAGAACUUGGACUCUCAGAUGUACCAGAUGAUAAAACUUGCACUCAGGAGUUACAAAAAUGGCAUAUCCCUAGAAAGAACACUACACAAGAAGCCCUGCUCUUUGAGGACCUGAUUUUCCCCCAGGAUUCGUAUGAUAAGGACAGAAAAGGACGUAAACGCCCAGUGCCAGAAGGGAAGAGGGAGGACUACUGUUCAACAAGAGAGAAGGUUUCAAAGGAGGAUUUGGAGAGGCUUAAAACUAGCUUGGAAAAUGCAGGAAGUACUUGUCAUUUGGUUGGUGUCCUAGGCAAUACUAAUUGUGAACCUUGUGAAUUUACUGCAAAUGAAUUGCCAUCUAGACAGCGCAUAAUAAAGGCAGGGGAAGUGGGUGACAAACUGGACCAAACAUCUAUCAGAACCAGUAUUCUACAAAAAUUAACUCAGAAUUUAGAUUGUACUUAUGUUCCAGACAAAGGUUGUGAAAAAUAUAUUAUGGAGAAAUUGUUUGUUGAUAAUGAGAGGUGCCAAGAGAUUGAGAAGAACACAAGGAAGCAAAAUGAAUGUGAAGAGUGGUAUAACCAGAGAAAAUGUCGGUUAACUUCAUCAUUAUUUGGUAGUGUAGUUAAGAGGAGAAAAACAAUCUAUCCAAAGACUAUUGUGAACAAGAUCACUAAGCCAAGUCAAAUAAAGAAUGCAAGUUGUCAGUGGGGAAUUGAGAAUGAAAAGAAAGCAUUGCUAAAAUACCAUGAAUAUAAAGAUGAGACCAACAAGCAUGUGGCUCUUUGCUCUGCCUGUGGUUUAGUGGUCAACCCAAUGUGGCCAUGGCUUGGUGCUAGUCCGGAUGCACUUGUGUUGGAUGAAAGUGAGGAGUCCAUGUAUGGGGCUGUGGAGGUGAAAUGCCCUGCAUCUAAAUCUGGGAUGAGUAUCAUCAAUGCAUGCAGUGACAAAUCAUUUUGUUUGGAGGUAGUUAAUGGAAAGCCAUGCCUGAAGAAGAGUCAUAUUUAUUAUCAUCAAGUGCAAGGCAUUAUGGCUAUUUGCCAGUUGUUUUUUGUAGACUUUGUUGUGUAUACUGUGAGUGAUCUUCAUGUCGAAAGAAUUUAUUUUAGUAGAGUUCAAUGGGAAAACCAUACUUUACCUGAACUAACAACUUUUUAUUUUAAUUAUCUGUUGCCAGAUACUGUUACUGUGUAAUUGCAAUAUGUUCACUGAACA